AUGAUUGCUGUUUUCGCAUCUAAAGGUUAUCAUGUAAUUGGUUUGGAUGUAAACAAAGAAUUUGUCGAUGCGUUGGAAAGAGGAGAAGCUCCGGUAUCUGAACCACAAUUACAGGAACUGAUUAUCCAGUACAAAGCUAACAUUGAGGUUACAAUUUGUUAUGAAAAAGCUAUUAGUGAAACAGAUAUGACCAUGAUUAUUGUUCCAACACCAUCAGAUCCAAAGACCGGAUCUUUUAGCAAUGAUUACGUGCUUUCGGCUAUUAAAGCAAUCGGAGAAGUUAUUAAGUCGUGUAAUAAAUAUCAUCAAGUAGUUGUUACAUCAACUGUGAUGCCUGGUUCAAUGGAUGGAAUUAUCCGUGAUACUCUGGAAUCAUCAUCUGGCCGAAAAGUUGGAUGUCAAGAUAAUGAAAUCGGCUUGGCAUACAAUCCAGAGUUCAUCGCAUUAGGACAGGUUAUUAGAGAUAUGUUGAAUCCAGAUUUUAUCCUUAUUGGUGAAAGUGAUAAACGUAUUGGAGAUGCUUUGGAAGCAUUAUAUUUAAAAACCGUUGCUAAACGACCAUUGCCGUUUCACAGAAUGAACUUUGUCAAUGCGGAAGUAACUAAAAUUUCUAUCAAUACAUAUGUGACAACUAAAAUAACUUAUGCGAAUAUGCUCAGUGAAUUAUGUGAAAAUCUACCAGGCGCUGAUGCUGACAUUGUUAGUGCUGCCGUUGGCUCUGAUUCCCGAGUUGGAAACAAAUAUUUAAAAGGUGCCUUAGCAUAUGGAGGACCGUGUUUUCCAAGAGAUAAUCGUGCGUUUGCUGCCUUAGCAAAAUCUGUGUUCGCUAAUGCAUUAUUAGCUGAAGCAACUGAUCAGUUAAAUAAUUAUCAAAUCGAAAGACUACUAAGAAUAUGUGAACAGAUAGCAGAAUUUAGUUUUGGUGAUGUUCCACAAAUAAAACUGAAAGUUGGUAUAUUGGGAUUAUCUUACAAACCUGAUACUCCUGUUGUUGAGUGUUCAGUUGCUUGUGCAUUAGCCAAUAAGCUUAUUUGUAACUUUGAUGUUUUUGCAUAUGAUUCAUUGGCUAUGCCAUCAGCUACUCAAAUAUGUGACAAGCGUGUACAAAUGGUUAAUUCUGUUGAUAAACUUCUUUAUGAACAGAACAUUGAUAUUUUGAUUAUUGCCACUGCUUCGAAUAGCUGGAAAAGAAAUGGCAAUUCAAAAAUGGAGCUGAAACAAUUGAAACGAUUAGAUAAAAAGUGUACAAUGGAAAUAAUUGGGCAUCAUAUUAAUGGCAGUUGUCAGCGUCGUAUAUUGGUAGCUGGUGGAGCUGGCUUUAUUGGUAGUCAUUUAGCUCGUCGCUUGCUAGAAGAUGGUCAUUAUGUUAUUUGUGCUGAUUGGAAAAAAAAUGAAUAUUUCCAGGAAGAUGAGUUCUGUAACGAAUUUUUACAUAUGGAUUUGCGUGCAUUCGAUAAUUGUUUGUUGGCAACUAAAAGAUGCGAGUGGGUCUUCAAUUUAGCUGCUGACAUGGGAGGAAUGGGAUAUAUUCAAUCUAAUAAUUCAGUAAUUUUAUUUAAUAAUACAAUGAUCUCAUUCAAUAUGAUAGAAGCUGCCAGACAGAAUGGUGUUCAGAGAUAUUUUUAUGCUUCAUCUGCAUGUGUUUAUCCUGAACAUAUUCAAACCAAAGAAAACGUUGCGGCGCUCCGAGAAGAACAAGCCUGGCCCGCAAAACCACAAGAUUCAUAUGGUUUAGAAAAAUUGGUAUCAGAAGAAAUGGCAAUACAUUAUUCAAAGGAUUUCGAAAUUAUGCAAACGAGAAUUGUGCGGUUUCACAAUAUUUAUGGACCACAAGGUAUACAUAUGCUAAUUUAUGGCAGUUUUAUUUACUAUAUUUAA